AUGGGCUCUACCGACUACAGGCUUGAGAAGCUCGAGCAGCCCGUCGAUGUUUCCGAGUAUCUCUUCAGGAGACUUUACGAGGUUGGCAUUAGAUCUGUCCACGGCUUGCCUGGAGACUACAAUUUGGUGUCCCUCGACUAUGUCAGAAAGGCCGGUCUCAGGUGGGUUGGCAACGUGAAUGAGCUCAAUGCUGCAUAUGCCGCGGACGGCUACGCCCGCGUGAAGGGUAUCUCUGCCCUGGUCACUACGUUUGGCGUUGGAGAACUCAGCGCUCUCAACGGCAUCGCCGGAGCGUACGCUGAGCAAGUGCCCUUGAUUCAUAUCGUGGGGUGUCCGUCCACUACAUCCGAAAGAAAUGGCCUCUUGCUCCACCAUACCCUGGGCAACGGAGACUUUAACGUCUUCAAGAACAUGUCGGCUCAGAUAUCAUGCUAUGUCGCAAAGCUUAACAGGCCCAACGAGAUUGCGGACGAGAUCGACCACGCCAUCCGUGAAUGCUGGAUCCGCAGCAGACCCGUGUACAUCAUGCUGCCUUCAGACAUGGCCUCCGAGAAGAUCGAAGGGGCGAGGCUGAAGACACCUCUUGAUAUGUCAGAGUCAGCGAAUGACCCGGAGAAGGAGGACUAUGUAGUGGACGUGAUCCUCAAGUAUCUCUAUGCAGCCAAGAACCCGGUCUUGCUGGUCGACGCCUGCGCCAUCCGUCACCGUUGCUUGGAUGAGGUUAACAGCCUGCUUAAGAAGACCAAUCUCCCGACUUUUGUUGCGCCCAUGGGCAAGGGCGCCGUGAAUGAGCAGGCUCCCAACUAUGGAGGUGUAUAUGCGGGUAAUGCUUCGCACCCCAGUGUGGCAAAGGCCGUGGAGGGUGCAGACCUUGUGCUGUCCAUCGGCGCUCUUAAGAGCGACUUCAACACAGCAGGUUUCAGCUACCGCCUCUCUCAGCUCAACACGAUCGAUCUGCACAGCACACACUGCACCGUCCGCUAUUCCGAAUAUCCCGGCGUCGCCAUGCGCGGCGUCUUGCGAAAGAUCACCGAUCGCAUCGUAACGUCGCAACUCUCCAUCCGUCCUCUAUCUCCUGUGGACAACGGUCCAUCUGCCAACGACAACGACGGCUCCCAGACCAUCACCCAGUCCUGGCUCUGGCCUCGUAUCAGCGGCUAUCUCCGAGAGAAUGACAUCGUCGUCACCGAGACAGGCACCGCAAAUUUUGGGAUCUGGGAAACUAAAUUUCCCCAGGGCGUGACCGCACUAAACCAGAACCUCUGGGGCUCAAUAGGGUGGUCGGUAGGCGCGUGCCAGGGUGCGGCGCUUGCGACGAGGGACACGGGUGACGAGAGGAGAACAAUUCUUUUUGUGGGGGACGGGUCGUUCCAGCUCACGGCGCAGGAGGUGAGUACCAUCAUCCGCCAUCAGCUCCGGGUCACCCUGUUUGUGAUCUGCAAUGAGGGAUACACAAUCGAGAGGUUUAUCCACGGUGCGGAUGAGGCGUACAACGAUAUUGCGACAUGGAGGUUCAAGGACCUGCCGGCCGCGUUUGGUGCACACGAGGGAGAGACGAGGACCUUUGUGGCGAGGACGAAGGCGGAAUUAGAGGCGUUGCUGGGUGACAAGAGCUUCCAAGAGGCGGCCGGCUUGCAGUUUGUCGAGCUAUAUAUGCCGAAGAUGGACGCGCCCGGGCCUUUGAGACUGAUUACUGAAGCGGCUGUGAAGAAUAAUUCGAAGGCAGCCGAGUGAGGAGGAAAGCAUGUGCGAUGGUGUGUCACCUCCACUUUGCCCGGAUGUGUUUGCUUCGUCGGAAAACGAAUGUGCUCGUCUUCUGCGUCCAUUCAUUUUCGCCAAGAAAAGUUACACCAUAUGCAUUAAGAACGGCUCCAAGAUG